AUGAAUAUACAACCUCUUCGUGCAUAUUCGGGACCUCUGAUGACAUCGUUGAAUAGUGCUGGAGUACAUAUUACGCUUCUAAAAUUACCCGAAGAGCACAAAGACGUUUUCCUCAGUUGCUUGGACACACCUACCGAUGCCCCAAAAUAGCCAGGUUGUUCAUUUAGCGUUCCUACAGAAGGAGCGACAACGAUUGUUCAGAACACAGUAAUACGGACGGUAGAGAAGGCUGGGAUAGAAAUUGCCAAGGAAUUACAAAACUUGUUGAAACAAUGCUUGACAAGCGCCUCUGAAAAUUUAAUUGAGAAAGAAAUGCACCUCAAUGAGCUCGAUAGGGGCUGUGGAGACGGUGACACAGGAUCAACGCUUAAGAGAUUUGCCACGGGAGAGAGCGUAGGAAAUGAGAAAAAAUGGCAAGUAAAUGCUAGAAGUAUUGUUGUGUCCGUGCAGGUUGACCCUGCAUCACGCAAAAGAAUGUUGACUAACCAUGUAACAUACAAGAUAGAAAUCUUUGAUGGUCAAAUAAAGAUUCAAAAACUGGAGAUGGCUUAG